ACGAGCAGCCGCAGAGUUUCUCCCCAGCACGCACGCAGCAUCCCUGCUGCAGGGCUCCGGAUGCUCAGCGACGCCUCUGGGUUUCAUUUUCAGCUCAGCGUUUCCCAGCGACUCGCAGGAGGCAUUUGGAAAAACGGGCACGUCGGAUUGCGCUCAGGAUAAUUAAGAUCUGGGUGGUUUUGAUCGCAUCCCACUUGUCAGCAAAAGGCCGGUCAUGGACUGAGGCGAAAGGCCUGUCCAGUGGGUGAGGAGAACACUCGCUGGAGGGGGAAUGACCUGCUGGGAGCAUCACGCAGCAUCAAGCCACCGAGCUUCACAGAUGAGGAAACAGAGGGAGAUGCAGAUUGACCAGUGACUCCAAACCUCGGGCAGCAAGGUGGUGGCAAAACUGGGGAUAGAAACGUGGUGGUUCCCCAGCCACGUCCCGCACCAGUCUUAAACAAGCUGGUCUUGAAUAAUGGCGCCGGACACUCCAAGGGAAGCAGGAGUGUGGAGACAGACCAGAGCUCUUUUGUUCAAGAACUGUCUUAUUAAGUGUAGGACUAAAAAAAGCAGCGUCCAGGAGGUCCUUUUCCCACUCUUCUUCUUGUUCUGGCUCAUUCUGAUGAGCAUGAUGCACCCGCACAGGAAAUACGGCGAGGUGGCCAACACCAACCUGGGCACCCUGGACACCUCCAUGCUGGUCAACUUUGUCAUCGGGUACACGCCGCCCACCCCCAUGGCACGAGAAAUCAUGAAGAAAGUGGCUUUCGAUAGCUUCGAAGAGGACAUCAUCACGGAGGAGUAUUUGAGCGAGGAGGAGCUGCAAGAGGCCAGCGCUUCCAAACCCCCCAACUUUGUGGGCGUCGUAUUCACCGGCCCCACGUCCUACCAGCUGCGCUUCCCCGACUCCGUCGCCAUGGCUUCCAUUUACACCGAGUCCAGAGCCAGCUGCUACAACCUGCGGAAAGGCUGUGAAUCGGUGACGUACUGGAGCUCGGGAUUUAUGGCUCUGCAAGCCUGCAUCGAUGCUGCCAUCAUACAGCUGAAGACUAAUCAGUCGGUUUGGGAACAACUGGAACUGACCAGAGCGAUGGUCAUGGGAGAGGCCGCGGUGGUGGAAAUCGACAAUUUUCCUCGGGCCAUCAUCUUAAUUUACCUGGUGAUCGCUUUCUCACCGUUCGGGUAUUAUCUGGCGAUUCAUAUUGUGGCAGAAAAGGAGAGGAAGCUGAAAGAGUUCUUAAAAAUACUGGGACUUCAUGACACUGCCUUUUGGCUUUCUUGGGUGCUGCUCUACAUGAGCCUGAUUUUCGUCAUGUCCAUUCUGAUGGCGGUGAUCGCGACGGCCUCCUCCCUCUUUCCCCAGAGCAGUGCCUUUGUGAUAUUUCUCCUCUUUUUUCUGUAUGGCAUCUCUUCAGUUUUCUUUGCACUUAUGCUGACGCCUCUAUUUAAGAAGUCGAAGCACGUGGGUAUAGUGGAGUUCUUGGCGACGCUGGCAUUUGGUUUUGUGGGCCUAAAUAUUGUCCUGCUGGAGGAUUUCCCCAAAUCCUUCGUGUGGAUUCUCAGCCCCUUGUGUCAGUGCAGCUUCUUGGUCGGUAUCGCGCAGGUGAUGCAUCUAGAAGAUUACGAAGAUGGUGCAACGUUGUCAAAUCUAAAUCACGGGCCUUACCCACUCUUUAUCUCUCUUAUUUUAUUGGUGCUGGAUAGCAUAUUUUAUCUGCUUGUAGCCGUCUACCUGGAUCAGGUUAUCCCAGGGGAGUUUGGACUCCGCCGCACGCCGUUUUUCUUCAUGAAGCCCUCGUUUUGGUCCAAGCGCAGAAAAAAUUACAAGGAGUUGUACGAGAGCAGCAUCAACGGCAGCUUGAGCUUCAGCGAGAUAGUUGAACCCAUGCCUUCCGAAUUUCAGGGGAAAGAAGCCAUCAGAAUCAGCUGUGUUCAGAAAACAUUCAGGAAAAAGGGGGAAACUGUGGAGGCUCUGAGAAAUUUAUCCUUCGACAUCUACGAGGGUCAGAUCACGGCUCUGCUGGGGCACAGCGGCACCGGGAAGACGACGCUGAUGAACAUCCUGUGCGGGCUGUGUCCGCCCACGGACGGGUUUGUUUCUGUCUAUGGGCACAAAGUCUCCGAGAUCGAUGAAAUGCUUGAAGUGAGACAAAUAGCAGGGGUGUGCCCCCAGUCUGACAUCCACUUUGAUAUAUUAACUGUGGAGGAGAAUCUCUCCAUAUUUGCUGCAAUUAAAGGAAUCCCCCAGAAUGAUUUGAUACAGGAGGUGCAGAAAGUGUUGCUGGAUUUGGAUAUGCAGCCCAUCAGAGACAAUCAAGCUAAAAAAUUAAGCGGGGGGCAGAAGAGGCGGCUGUCGGUGGGAGUUGCUGUUCUCGGGAACCCAAAGGUUUUACUGCUGGACGAGCCGACUGCGGGCAUGGACCCGUGUUCACGGCACAUCGUCUGGAACCUCCUGAAAAACAGGAAAGCGAAUCGCGUGACGGUUUUCAGCACCCACUUCAUGGAUGAGGCCGACAUCCUCGCCGAUCGUAAAGCUGUGAUUUCUCAAGGGAUGUUAAAAUGCCUUGGAUCCUCUCUCUUUCUUAAAAGCAAAUGGGGAAUCGGCUACCGCUUGAGCAUGCACAUUGAUGCCUAUUGCAACACGGAAGCCACGACGUCGCUGAUCCGCCAGCACAUCCCUGCAGCCAGCCUGAUCCAGGAGAACACCGAGCAGCUGGUCUACACGCUGCCGCUCAAGGACAUGGACAAGUUUGCAGGCUUGUUUACUGACCUGGACACUCAUUCCCAUUUGGGCGUUAUCACCUACGGCGUUUCCAUGACGACGCUGGAGGAUGUCUACCUGAAACUGGAAGUUGAGGCAGAGAUUGAUCAAGCAGAUUACAGCGUGUUCAGCUCCCAGCAGGCGCAGGAUGAAGUGGACACCAGAUCCUUUGAGGACAUGGAGCAGAGUCUCCUGAUGCUCUCGGAGGCGAAGGCGCCGGCCAUGAGCAGCUCAGCCCUCUGGAAGAAACAGGUUUCCACCAUCGCCAAGGUUCAUUUCCUCAGUCUCAAGCGGGAAAAUAAAUGCGUGAGAGUUAUGUUGUUGCUUUUUCUGAUUUUUCUCGUAGUUCAGAUUUUAUUGUUUUUCAUACACCACAUCAUCAAAAAUUCUGUAGCCGCUAUCAAACUUUCCCCAGAUUUGUACUUGCUGAAGCCUGGAGAGAACUAUCACAAGUACAGGAGUCGCCUCCUGCUGCAGAACUCCACAGAAUCGGAUAUCGAUGACAUUGUCCACUCUCUUGGGAGCAUGAACAUCCUCUUGGAGAUGUUCAACGACAGCGAUUACGUCUCGGCUGCUCCUCACAGCGCAGGUUUAAAUGUGUUCGACCUUGAAUCGAGACAGAACUACGUUUUCAUGCUCGUAUUCAACAGCACCAUGGUCCAUUCCCUGCCGGUUUUGAUGAAUAUUGUCAGCAAUCUGCUGCUGCACAGUUUAAACGUGACGGAGAGCAUCCAGAUUUGGAGCAACCCCUUUGUCCAGAAUCUUCCAGACACAAUCUUCAGACUAGAGAUCUACUUUGAAGCCGUGUUACUGGGAAUCAUUAUUACUGGAAUGCCGCCUUACUUUGCCAUGGACAACGCAGAAAACCAUAAGAUCAAAGCGUACACGCAGCUGAAGAUAGCAGGGCUGUAUCCCUCGGCGUACUGGACCGGCCAGGCCGUGGUGGACCUCCCUCUCUUCUUGUCCAUCCUCGUCCUGAUGCUGGGCAGCCUCUUCGCCUUCCACUACGGCGUUUAUUUCUACGUGGGCAAGUUCCUCGCUGUGAUCUUUUGCCUGAUCGGUUACGUGCCGUCAGUCGUGCUCUUCACUUACGUGGUCUCCUUCACGUUUAAAAAAGUCCAGAACACGAAAGAAUUUUGGUCAUUUAUAUUUUCGGUGACAGCCUUGCUCUGUACGGUUGUCACCGAAGUGGCCUUUUUUCUGGACUAUUACCUGGUAACCACCGUCCUGCAUUAUGUCUUCUCGAUCUUCAUCCCUAUUUAUCCCCUUAUUGGCUGUCUGAUUUGUUUUAUAAAGAUCUCAUGGAAAGGCAAGCGAAAGAACGGAGGAUACUACGACCCGUGGGACCGGCUCCUGGUAGCAGUUCUAGCUCCCUAUUUGCAGUGUCUCGUCUGGCUCUUCCUGCUGCGAUGUUUCGAGCUGAAGAAUGGAGGGAGGACAGUGAGAGAGGAUCCGUUUUUCAGAAAAUGUUCUACAAAACCCAAAAGCUGGAAGUUCCCUGACGCCCCGCAUGAUGAGAAUGAAGAUGAAGAUGUGAAGGCGGAGAGGCUGCGAGUCCAAGAGAUACUGAGCGGCCCCAAAAACGAGGAGAUGCCAGCAAUCCUGGUCAGCAGCUUGCACAAGGAGUUUGAUGAAAGGAAGGAAUUUCUUCUGGGGAGAAAAAUAAAGAAAGUGGUGACAAAACAUGUUUCUCUCUGCGUAAAAAAAGGAGAAAUUCUGGGGUUGUUGGGACCCAACGGAGCGGGGAAAAGCACGUUAAUUAAUAUGCUUGUUGGAGAGAUUGAGCCAACCAGUGGGCAGGUUCUGAUGGGAGAUUGUUCAUUUGGCUUGAACAGUGAAGACGACUCGGUGAAAUUUGUAGGGUAUUGUCCUCAAACGAACCCGCUUUGGCCAGAUAUUACAUUGCAAGAACACUUUGAAAUUUAUGGCGCUAUCAAAGGAAUGAGCGAGUCUGAUGUUAAGGAAGUCAUAAAACGCAUCGCGGGUGCCCUGGAUUUAAAAGACCACCUGCAGAAGACCACGAAGAAGCUGGGCGUGGGCCUGAAACGCAAGCUCUGCUUUGCCCUGAGCAUGCUGGGCAACCCGCGGGUCACGCUCUUGGACGAACCGUCAACCGGGAUGGAUCCCAAAGCCAAGCAGCACAUGUGGCGGGCAAUUCGAGCAGCGUUUAAGAACAAGGAGAGAGCGGCUAUCCUGACCACGCACUACAUGGAGGAGGCAGAUGCUGUUUGUGACCGUGUGGCCAUCCUGGUGGCCGGGCAGCUCAGAUGUAUAGGUACUGUCCAACACCUGAAGAGCAAGUUUGGCAGAGGGUACUUCUUGGAAAUGAAGUUAAAAGAAGCAGCAGAUGUACAGCAAGUGGAGUAUCUGCAGAGCCAGAUUUUGCACAUCUUCCCCAACGCAAAUCGUCAGGAAAGUUUUGCUUCUAUUUUGGCAUACAAAAUUCCUAAAGAAGAUGUACAGUCGCUUUCACAUUCUUUUUCCAAGCUGGAAGAAGUAAAACAUGCCUUUAACAUCGAGGAGUACAGCUUUUCUCAGGCAACAUUGGAACAGGUGUUCGUGGAGCUGGCCAAGGAGCAGGAGGAGGAGGACAGCAGCUUCGGCACGCUCAACAGCACGCUGUGGUGGGACAGGACGCAGGAGGACAGGGUCAUUUUCUGAGCUCCUGACGGCCCACAUCUCCUCGGCACGUCAUGUUUCGUGCCCGUGAUGAUCCUUUGUACACACAUCACGGUGCGCGUGGAAAACAUCGGGGCUGGGACAGACAAGGGAAAUUGUAUUUGAAGCACUGAGCGUGUUCCACCAGCCUGGCCUUAGGAAUAACGCCAUGGUGGCAGCGAGCAUCCCCACCGUUAUUCCGGCUGUUCAGAAAUUCCUCCUCCCCUCGCUGUGUCCUGCUUUGCCUUGGGCAAGAAGACACUGCCAUGGCAGCCGGUCAUCUCCUGGGGUUGGGAGCUUCUGCAGGAGCACCCACCUUCCUCCCUCAGCCGUCCCUGCCUGCGGUUGGGCUCUUCUUGCUGGAAAUUGGAGCAAAACCAGUUGCCACUGGAGCAUCCCACCCCAUGGGGCUGGUUUGCAGGGUCUUGCCGUGCCUCCCGCCCUCGGUGGGCGUUGCUGCCAGCCCGACCAGGUGUCCUGCAGACACGUGUCCCCGCAAGGUCCUGCUCCCCCACCGGCCAGUCUGUCCCUGCUUAUGCUUCAGAUCCACCUGCUUAGAAGAGACGGGGAAGAAAACGCUCCACAGUCAUUAUAUACUCACUGCAAAGAGGGUCUGAAUUACACCACGAGCUUAGCUUGGUAUCCAACCAACGUGAGAACAUUCAUUUACAGAUAAAACACGACACUCAUCAGCACUUAACAUUCCCUCUUACCGCAAGCUGGCAGAUGUGGCCAACUCCUGCUGCCGUGCUGGGUGGCAUCGCUGUUCCGCGCAUGCACUGUAGGGUUCACGGGGGUGUGCACAAGUGGGUGCUUUUGUUUUCCUCUGCUUGGUAAAAGGUACAAAGACAUAACUGUGUAGUUAAGGGAUUUGCAGAGAUGUGAGUAUUUCUCGUCUUCAUUAAAAACAGUCUAAUCCUUCUGUUGGGUGUAACGACGUGUAUCCUGCCAGCUGGUUUUAGAGGCAGCUCUUUUUAGAUGUUUUCAUUUUUCUCAACAGUGGAUUCAUAAGUACAUGCAACAGUAUUUCCCAAUCCGUCUUUGUUGUGAUAGCAGUAAGUAACGCAGUAGUGUGCUCAGCACAGGAACUUUGGCUUUGUCCUGGCAAUUUUUAUUUACCUCUGUAAACCCAAAAUAGAUCCAAAAUUGCAACCUCACUGUUAGGAAUGGUGCCUUUGGUUUGCAUGGAAGCACUAGGAAGAGCAGAAUAUGGGAUCCUUUAUCCUCAGAUAUGACAGAUGUAUGCUGAAAAUAUCGUAUUUUUGUUUCUUUUUUCUGCACAAAGCUAUCAUCACCUUUUUAGUUUUAUAAGGUGAAAUAAAUGAUUGCUAACAGUUCAUUGUGUUCUGCAAUGAACAAAUAUAGAGGUGCAUUUAUAUAGGAACAUUGGCUUCGUAAGUCAUAUCAGUUAUAUAACUUCACAUUAAAGUUAGACAAGACCUUUGUUUUUCUUGGGAAAACUCAAAAAAAAUGUGAGUUAGGGUGGCGUUCUGUGUUCUGAUUCUGUAGUUAUCAGGCAAUAAUGGUUGCAAUAUGUCUGAUAAUGGUUUAUCAUCACAUUGAGCCCAAAUCCAUUUUCGUUAGUUUCUUACUCUACGAUGGGGAGAUUCGAACUCAACUUGGGCUUCUUUUUUUUUGCAUAGAAAUGUACAGAUUUUGUUUUGUAGUUAAAAUUUGAGCCUGAGAACUGCAGAAACACCUGGACGUCCCAUUUGCUGCCUGAGGGAAGGUCCCAUCCCCUGGGGACCAUCUGAGCCCUGAGCCACGGAACUCGCCUGUGCCCUGAUCCCUUGGGCUGGAAACCAAACACAGGUAAAAAACAGGAUUAAAGCACCAGCUUCUAAGUUGCAGCUUGAGUAACAACCUUUCUAGGGUUGACGCAUCCCUGUAAGGCAAGGAAAAUGACCCAAAGCCAGCUUUUUUGUUUAUGCAGACUUGUACUUAGCUCCUGGGAAGCCCCAGCCCUGCGCCGCCGGUGGCUCUGAGUAUUUCCCUUUGCUUGAAGCAAAGGUGGGACUCAGAAUUUUCUCACGUGUGUACAUAUAAGCUAAGUUUAUCUUCUCCUGAGAAGGCUCCGUAGCUCAGGGGGUAGAGCCCUGGUCGAGUAGACCAGGGGUCCUAAGUUAGUAGUCUGUAAAAUAGUUCUGUACUGUCUGGUUGGCAUCGCCCUAUUUCAAUCAGUUUCUUGUUUUCUGACAUUUCAAAUGGAUCAUAUGAAAACUUUCCUUUGCAUCUAGAUUUGGCACUGUUCUUGUUCACCCUGGAGUAACCCAGUUGAUGGUUGCACAGUAUUUACACAGCUACACAUACAAAGAAUUUUGCUCGUCAAGGUAACUGCAAAUUUGGGUGGGAUCUUCUUGGCCUGGUGACAUCACUUGUCAACGUGGUGUGAGAUGCCACCCCAAAGCAUCACUUUCCAAGUGUCAUACCGUGUCUAUCAUUGCCAGAAUAGAGAAAAACACGUGCAGAAUUCAAACAGAGAGUUCUUGGAAACUCAAGACCUUUAUUCCUUCAAUAUUAAGUCCCUUUGUUCAGCUGUUCUAUUGGUGACAUGCCAAAUCCCAGCCAUACAAUACACUCACUUUGUGCUCCAGUAGGUAAAACGGAGCUGAAGCAGAUGGAUUUGGGCUGACUUGGGGCAAAUCAGUUCAUUUGUGCCACCGUUCCAGGUAUAACGGCUUGCCGGUACCUUGCAGAGCUGUUGUAAGAAAUAGUUAACUAGUCUAUCCAAAUCUCAGAAGACGCAUUUACUUUUUGGUGUUAUAAGGUUGUAUUUUUCUAUGGAGGAAUUUAAUGUCUGAUUUUGUUUGCACUACAAAGAAAAUACCUUAUUUAAAUAUAUCUGUAUAGCGAGCACCAUCUGCUCCAUUGCCAGCACCCAGUACUCUGGUAGCAGAAAGCAGAAGGGAUCGUGUCUAAAGGCGACACAUUUGUAAUGCGCCUCCUGAUGUUGCCAUCAGGCACUUUGAAUCAUUUGCCGUUUGUUUUAUACACCUGUCUUUCUUUUACCACGUUGCUGUAUAUCUAAAGUUGAGGUUUUCUUCCUUUUCCAGCAGAAGGUACUACCAAAAUAAAGAUGGAUUGGAUUGUUAA